UCCUUUGAGCGGUGCGUCAUGAUACCGAUACUUGAGGUUUAGGUGGGGUUAGUUCACUGAUAACGUACACAUUGCCGCACUUGCUGAUCAUUUGUUGGUUUAUUUUUGUCAAAGUCAGACGACAGUAAACUGCAGGAUAAAGACAACUGUAAAUUGAAUCCGUUUCAGAAUUACAAGCAAGCCAUCUGGACUGGAGGGCUACAUGAGAAAGUUAUACUUAACAGCACAAAGCACUUUACAGAGCAGAUCGUAACAAGCAAGACAACUGGAAAUAGACCAGCGUCCUCGAAUAGGGCGGCGUAUUAUUAGAGAAUAUAUCAAAAUUCGUGUCUUAGGAGCGUGGCCGUACAAGCCAGUCUGUUGAAGCAGAAGAGUAACAGUUGGAACAUCUGCAAUAAUAUGUACGCCAAACUGUUGAUAGUUGUGUGUUUGGCUGCACUAGGCGCUUCACCAGUAUGUUGUCAAACCAAUUCUACUGCCACAGGGAGUACGUCUACACAGGAUGUAUCGUCGAGUGCUGUACAAACUACACAGGCCAUCCCAUCGCAGUCUUCCCAACCGGGAGAUGCUUCGCCUGUUGACACGAGUAUGACGACUAGUUCAGAAUCUUCAUCAGUGCAAGCAUCCACAGAUAUCCCUUCCUCCUCUUCCGUGGGUCAACAAUCUACACAUCCAAUGACAUCUUUGACUUCUUCUGUGACUGAUAAAAGUACAAUAACGAUGCCUUCGUCUAAUAGCGUAGGAGCCACGGCUUCUUCUUCGUCUACUACGAGUCAACUUACUACACAGACCAUGACAUCUUUGGCUUCCUCAAUGAGUGUUGAAACUACGCAAGCGAUGUCCUCGUCUGAAAGCCCAGAUCCAUCUUCUUUGCCCUCUACAGCUUUAUCUUCAGUGGCUUAUUCAACUACAGCCCUGGUUAGUGCCAGUGAAAUGCCGUCAACGUCCACAUCGAUGAAUCCAGGCCAAAGCGAAAGUGAAAGCAUGAGCAUGAGUACAAGCACUGCAGCUUCUCCGACAGCAUCACAGUCUCCUACCCAAACAAAAUCCACCCCUAAACCAGCAACACCAACGAAAUCACCAAAUAAAGAUGCCAAAGAGAAGGGGGCAAUCAAAGUACAAGUCUCCAAUUACAAUGAAGAAAAGUUCAAAACAACUAUAGCAAACGAAGCCGUAACCUAUUGCGAGGACCCAAAAAAUAAUUGUAAUCACACAGGCCUAACAGCAGACAAAAUUGUUAUCUUGAGUGUUGUCGGAGAGGGCGCUGCUAAAACAGUGGAAUUUUACAUAGAGGGCUCAAGCGAAAAUAAUGUAGCACUGACAAGCGCACAGCUCAAAGACAUGAUAAUAACAUCAGAAAAGUUGAAAGCCGACAUGAUAUCAGUGCUGCCUGCUCCAACCCCGACAGAGGCCGCGGCACCAUUAGAAGGAUGGGUUAUAGCUGUAAUUGCUACGGGAGCGUUCCUCCUGGUCCUUAUAAGCAUCACGGUCAUCAAAGCCCUCAGAGAAAGAAAUUCAAAAAAAAAGGAGGGCUUUCAUAUGGCAAGCUUUGAGAUUGGACCCUCGGAGCUGCCUCAGAAUGGUAUGCAGGGCCCGGAUGUGGACGAGAGGGGCACCGAGGCACACCACUACACCAACACAAGCACGUUCAGCGAGGGUAGGGUGAAUGACGGGCAAUCAGCGUCUACUGUGAAUGAAGUGAAUGAUUCCAAGACCAAUGAUGCCCAUCCUGGAGGAAUUGACAACAUAGGAUACAGCGAAGUACGCACGUCGUUGUAAACAUGAUGAAUCAACACAGGGGAUUACUGUUCUUUUGCAUUUAAUUUAGUAAACCAGGAGGAAAGAAUUUGAAAAUUUUCUGAAAUCCGUUUUGGUGUCAUAAAUCCUGCUGGUAAGGGAACUGAUUCAAAAACGGAUAACUUUGUAUAAUGACUCAAUUCUUUAGAUGAAAUUUGUUAAAUACGCAUUGUAUUGAAAACUCACAAUAUUUGUGGAAUGAUAGAUAUUGACACAUGUAUAUAGGAAGUAUUUAAAAUUACCGUAAAAAUACCACAUUUCCGUAAAGUGAACGCCUCUAAUAGCAGGCCUAUUUUACCUUACAAAGCAAAUACCAUUUUCUGUAUACUCAUACAUUAAAUUUUUAUGUAUUGUCAACCGAUGCAAUGUAUUUGUAGACAAUAUACACUGUAUAUACGUGCAGUCAUGUGUAUUUAAACUGUAUGUGCUGUAUGCAACCUCUUAUUCAAUGCGCAUCAAACACCAGUUUGUUUGUUGAUCGGUUGACAAAUACUGCUUUUGAGCACCAUACAUCUGCUAUUCUUUACGAAUCACAAUGCCAAAGUGUCACGUUUGAAUUGCACGGACUUAAGAUAUUUAAAAAACACUGCAAGAAAUCCACAUUUUGCACGCGUUAUAUUAAUUGCUCAAGUAAGCCCGUUUGUUAUCACAUAAACUUAUGUCUCUAUACAGAUAACAGCGAGUAGAAAUAAUUAUAAAUUCAAUAAGUCAAAUUUAUAGCGCAUGAUUUAUUAUUAUUUUAAUCGAUAUUUUGAAUAAGUGCAUAUUUACAGAGUUGACUUGUAAUUGGGAUGCAGAUAUAUUAUUUCAUUGUCUUAAUUGAUUUGUUCAACAUCACAUAACUUUCAGUUUAUUUAGAAUAAAACUCGAAACCCAAAGGAAACGUAUGGAUCUUUUGUACAAACACCUUAUUUAAUAAUACAACAUGUACAGAAAUUUACUUUUUAAUUUUAUAUCAAUAUUUUAAAGUUUUUGUUCCGUAAAAAUUAGUUUCAAAGCAUGUUAUGUUCAUUUUGUCAUGUUUUUCUAUUUCUAGUUGUUAAUAAAGAAAGGAAUUCAGGGAAAUAAAUUUGAAAG